AUGGCCAAUGAACCAGACAAAGACAUGGCCAAUGAACCAGACAAAGACAUGGCCACUGAACCAAACAAAGACACGGCCAGUGAACCAAACCAAGAUGUUAAAAGGUGGAAUCAUUCUGUGUAUGAGUCAAUAAUAUCUGUGGACAGUCCAUAUUAUCUUAAAACAUGUAGCAUUUCCAUCGUUCCUGAAAGACUUAAAGAAUGUAACGAGGAUGCUUACAUGCCAAAGGUUGUCUCCAUCGGUCCUCGAUUCAGGGGAACACGAGAAGACCUGCUGCUCAUGGAAAAGAUCAAAUUACAAUGCAUGUCUUCUCUCCUUCAUCGAAGUAAUGACAUGCAGGCGCAAGAUUACUUCGAAAAAUGCAGCGAUGUCAUUUUGGAAUUAGAUGAAAAGGUUCGGGCAUGCUACGUCAAUGUCAUUAAACUCACCAAGUACGAACUUGCCAACAUUAUGUUGGUGGAUGGGUGUUUUCUACUAGAGCUUCUCAUAUCCAACGAUUUGAAAUUGAAUCAUGAACUAAAAAGCAGCUCCAAGUAUCCUAGUCCCGGACCUGAAGUGGUAAAAGAUGAAGAGGUUUUGUCUGAUCUGCUAUUGUUAGAGAACCAGAUACCGCUUCGCAUUCUCCACAAGUUGACUCAAAUACUUUUCCCCAAUGAGUUCACAAAGGAUCAUGUCCAGAGGGUGACAAGAAUUAAUGAUCUUGCCUUGUCUCUCUUUGGCUACACUCACUUUGGGAACCCAGGUGCCCCUCACUUUAUUGAACUUGUCCACUCUUCCAUUAACAAGGAAGCUAUCAAAAUAGAGGAUGGUCAAGAAGUUGUGAAAAUUGAGGAAACUCAGCAAUAUCUGUCCCAUGUUGUCAAGAGUCAUGUGGAGGUGAAACUGAAGUGUUGUGCAACAAGGCUCAAAGCUGCUGGGGUUACUAUCACACUCCCAGAUAGGGAUAGAAGGCUUGUCAAUUUGCAAGGGAACUGUUUUGGUCGUAUGCUGAUAAGGCUUGGGAAUAUGCUUGUGAAUAGGGAAGCGAAUAUGCUUGAAACUGUGGAAAUGACAAAGUUCGACUUUGACAUAAAAUUCAACAAUGGAAAACUAGAGAUUCCUCAGCUGCAUAUCACAGGAACAACACAAGCCAAGUGGCGCAAUUUCAUUGCUUUGGAGCAUCACAAAAAGAAAUGGAAGAGCACAGCUGCUUAUGAUUACAGCGGCAAGUGCACUUGGUCUGCAUUGUUUUUUGAUGGAUUGAUAUGUUGUGGGGCUGAUGUUCAACUUCUUAAGGAUAAGAAUAUUAUUGUGGAUCAUUUGAAGAUGAGCAAUAAAAAAUUGGAUAACUAUUUUGGUACAAUAUCAAGGGGUGUUGACCAUGAAAUAGUUGAUUCCAGUUAUAUUAAAAUAUUUAAUGAUUUGAACAAUUACUCCAGAGCAAAUUUUUUCAUAAGAAUCUGCAAAAUAUGGUGGCAUGAUUUCAGAUUCCGAGCAGAACAGUUCGUCGAAUUUAUGGGGAGUGGCUAUAACUUUGCAGCUAUAUUGUUAUCUCUUCUCGCUAUUCCGCAGACUAUUUAUGCAAUCCUCCCCUAUUAUCGUCCCAGUCAUGCUCAUUGA